GCCCCUGACUUCUCUAGCUACCAGACGCAGAUGGUGCGACACACCUCCUUAGUUUUGCCAGAGGUGAAAACAGUUGCAUAUGCAAGAGUUCGGGCUUUGCAAUACUCUGAGGUUUCUGGUGAGGCAGCUCGAAGCGCAUGGAGCAAUGCUGUUAUGUGGGGCGAUGCUUCAAAGGAGGCAACAGUGCCACCAACAAGUACAGUCACCACCCAAACUACGGCAACGGUCACCACGAUCACUGUCACCACCCUCACGGCAACCACCACAGUGACCACUUUGCCAGCCGGUUUGCCCACAACCAUGCAGCCAAUAUGGCAACUUCCAGAGGAGCAAAUGCCAGGCGGACCUGGUGAAGGUCCUGAUGGUGUAGAGGCUACAAUCAGUUUUGCUUCAACACCUCAAGCAGUUGCUGGAUUUACUUCGGUGGCCAACAUGCAGGCUUUACAGGCCAGCAUUUCCUCUAUGCUGCAGGUGCAGACCGGAAAGGUGAAGGUGCUGGGGCUCCGGGCAGCCAAAGUGCUGACACGUCGACUCCGCGAAGGCGGAAUGGUAGCAACGGAACAGCAAACUGAAAACAAAAGACACUGCGGCCGAUUGGACUUGGCGCUGGAGGCGCCCUAUCUGACGGACGGCGUUUGCAGCAGCUACUCACAGGUGAAGUGCAGGCAGAUUUCGUGGUGAUUUGCGGCGAUGGCGACGAGCGUCAGGCGGCCACAGGAGCAAUUGAGGCGCGAAGAAUCUUGUGGGUUUGCGCGUCUUUUUUUAUGUGAGCGCGAGACAAUGGACCAAUGCUGUGUCUUCAAUGAAGGCCACUCUUUUUGAUGAAAACGCGAAGCAGCGCUUUGUCAAUGCCUUCGCGGCGCUGUCGGGCUCUUCAGUGGAGCCGAACAGUGUGCAGUGCGCCAUGGUUGAUAGGCGCGCCAGGCACAGUUCAGUAGACCUGGGCCUGCUCAACGGUGUGGCGCGUACGGUUCACAUGUACUUAUGCCACGCAUCAAGGCUCAAACCUUGAGGCGCAAAAAACAUUCAGCUGCGCCCACGAGAGUUUUCACGGUAGCGGAGCCGCCCGGGGCUCUCAAUAAAGAUAGCCCAGGGAGCAAGGUCGAGAGGCCGUGCGGAAGAAGAAGAAAAGAAGACCCAGUGGAAAGGCGCUGGAAGAAGAAAGGUGAAGAAAAGAUGACGGCCGAGAGCGGCAAUCUUCAUUGGCCGUGGUGGAGGCCAUGAAGAUGCUGAAAAAGACAGGGAUAAAGGGGAAGGAGCUGGUUUUGGAAGCGCCGGAAAGGCGCUGUAGCUGCGAGAGCCUUUUGCGGCAAGCAAUCAAGAGCAGGAGAUCGUGAUGUGACAGGGUUGGAGAUUGCCGUUGAAACCGUGGCUGACUUUUGCGGUCAAAGGCUUUGUGAAAUUUUUGAAUUGAGGCUGAGAAGCCAAGUUCCACAAAGGACUGACUUUGUCGAGACGCCUCUCCUCUCCUCUCUCCUCUCUCCUCUCCUCUCCCCUCUCCCCUCCCCUCUCCCCUCUCCCCUUGUUUCUUGCUUUUGGGCCCCCGUUCGCUGUUGCUUCAUAUGGUUUAUGUUAUGCGCGCUCUUACGCAAUGCAUACGACCGGCCAUAAUAUUUGGC